AUGACAGUUUUGACAAAGUCCCUGACAAACAGACCAGAGAAAAAUUAUAUAACUGAAAAGGAUUGUCGUCUUCGUGGCUUAGAUACGACACCUGAUAUAUUACUUCACGAACCUGUUGCAAUUUUAUUGUAUAACGUUGACAAUAUCAAAUACAGUCAAAAAUAUACAGCAACAAAUUAUGUCGGAGGAAGUGACAGUGAAAUUCGAGUGCUAAAUUGGAUAGAAUCAAAAGCAAUGUUUGGUGGCCCUGAUCAAUUACGUAAAGCUACUCAAGGCCAAUUGUUUCCUUACUGGAAUCGUUAUGGCCCAGGAGCUGUAAUUUAUUGGUUCGGACACAUUUUGGAGGAUAACGAUAAAGAACAUGGUGUCCAUGAUGGUGUUUCAAUAAACAAAUCUGCAAACGAUACUUCACCAUCUAAAGUUGAUUCGUCAGAAUCAUUUGCAUUCAAUUUUUGGUCAAAAUAUUGUCUAUUAAUGGACGGAUUUCCUUCAGCUCAUACAAUUGCUAUGCACAAACGCCAUAAUGGUUUAAAAAAGAAAAGCUCAACUUCAGUUUCAAUGACAGUUUAA